UAGCGACCGACGGUGCAUGCGCAGUGUGGGUGCUGCAGCUGCAGGGUGGCGGUGGUAAUUUGGAUUCCGCAAUCGGAGAGAAAUGGCCAAGUUUUGGAGGGAUAUUAGAAGAACAGGAUUUGAAGGUGGGAAACUCAAACCAAACAUCAGAUCAAAACCUGACAGAGUCACUCGAUUCAACAGAACCUGAAAGUAUGUUUCUCUGUGGAAAAAGGGUAUUAGAAAGGGAGGAUUUGCAGUUGGGAAACUCAAACCAGACAUCAGCUCAGGACCUGACUGAGUCACCCAAUUUAUCGUAACCUGAAUACCAUCAGAUUUUGAACAUGGAAGGAAAAAACAUCAUUCACAGUGGGGAGAAACCGUACGCGUGUUCUGUGUCUGGCCUGUCAGAACAUAAGCGCAGUCACAACAGGGAGAAAUCGUGGAAGUGUACGGAUUGUGGGAAGGGAUUCUAUUACCCUUCAGAGCUGGAAACUCAUCGACGCAGUCACACUGGGGAGAGGCCAUUCACUUGCUCCCAAUGUGGGAAAGGAUUCACUCAGUUAUCCAACCAGCUGAUACACCAGCGAGUUCACACUGACGAGAAACCUUUUAAAUGUCCAGACUGCAGGAAGUGCUAUAACAGUUCCAGUGAACUGAUGUACCAUCAACGUGUUCACACAGACCAGAGGAGAUUCAAGUGCUCUCAGUGCGGGAGUAGGUUCAGGUGGUCAUCUGACCUCACUAAACACCAGCGAAUUCACACUGGGGAGAGACCGUUCACCUGCUCCGAAUGUGGGAAGGGAUUCACUCAGUCAUCCAGCCUGCUGACACACCAGCGAGUUCACACUGACGGGAGACCUUUUAAAUGUCCAGACUGUGGGAAGGGCUAUAAAAGUUCCGGGAACCUGAUGUCCCAUCAACGUGUUCACACUGACAAGAGACCUUUCAAAUGCUCUCACUGUGGGACUGGUUUCAAGCAUUCAUCUGACCUCACUGUACACCAGCACACUCACACUGGGGAGAGACCUUUUAAAUGUCCAGACUGUGGGAAGGGCUACAAAAGUUCCUGGAACCUGAUGCCCCAUCAGCGUAUUCACACUGAUGAGAAACCGUUCAGGUGCUCUCACUGUGGGGCUGGGUUCAAACAUUCAUCUGACUCACUAAACACCAGUGCACUCAAAGUGGGGAGAGACCUGCUCCGAGUGUGGAAAGGGAUUCACUCAGUCAUCCACCCUGUUGAAACACCAGCGAGUUCACAAUGACAAGAGACAUUUUAAUUGCCCAGAGUGUGGGGAGUGCUUUAAGGGUUCCCGGGAACUAUUUCACACCGAUGAGACACCGCUCAGGUUCUCUCACUGUGGGCAUGAGGUAAUCAUCUCAACUCAGUGUCCGCUGGCAACUUCAUACUGGGGAGUGACUAUUCACCUCAUCUAAGUGUGGUUAAAGAUUCACUCAGUCAUCCUACCUGCUGACACUGCAAUGAGCUCACAAGUAACCACACUGAUUGGAUUUUACUCACAUCCAGGACUGAAUGAUUUUCUCUGGGGUCUGUUUCUGCUGAUGUUAAUAAACUCCAGCCCAGUUAGAGGGGUUAAUAUUGAUGAUUAAAGUGAAGUAAAUUAACUUUGUGUUAAAAGCAA